UCACGAUUUAAAUGCGAAUUUAACGUGAAUUGCGUUGCUAAUUUAAUGUGGCUGUACGGGUUAUUUUAUAUAUGGUUCAAAUUGUUGUCACAGUGAACAGGUUGAAGUGUCGUAUUCGAUUACACUGACUACUAUUCGCAUUACCCCUAUAACGCUCUAUAACGUUUCAGUUUACCUAAGUUCCCAGACGUGAACUUCCUUCUGUUCCGCACAGGGCACAGUGUACCCUUACGUCACUGUUCAGUUUAGAACAGUGUCUUCUUAAACGAUUUGUUUGUGGGUGUGGUUUGGUUUCGUAUAUGUAAUGACCUCAUUUACGGCUUGUCCCUCUGAAGAGUAGCACGUGACAGCAUUAACAUGGUUUUUGAAUCAAUUGUAGCAGACUUAUUAAAUCGAUUUCUUGGCGAUUAUGUGGAAAAUUUAGAUCACUCUCAGCUGAAAAUCGGUAUCUGGGGAGGUGAUGUGGUUCUCCAGGAUUUGGUAUUGAAGCAGAGUGCUUUGGAUGAUCUAGAUCUCCCGGUUAAAACAGUUUAUGGAACCUUAGGAAAAUUAGUAUUGAAGAUUCCUUGGAAGAACCUAUACAGUGCCCCAGUAGAAGCAUCAGUGGAAGGUCUAUUCUUGUUAGUGGUACCUAAUCAAGAGGUGAAAUAUGACCCUAUUAAGGAGGAUAAAUGGAGCCAGGAAGCUAAGAAAAAUGAGUUGCAAAGGAUUGAAGAUGCCAAGAAACGGGAGAAGGAGAAAGAUAAACCAAAACCUGAUGAUACUUUCGUGGAGAAGCUUGCAACACAGAUUGUCAAGAAUGUGCAGGUGAAGAUCACUGAUAUUCAUGUUCGCUAUGAAGAUAAGGUGACAAAACCAGAACAUCCAUUUUCCCUUGGCUUCACACUCCAUAAUCUCUCUGUGCACACAACAGAUGAGAAUUGGAAAGCAUGUAUUGUUCAAGAUGCAGCCACAAUGAUCUAUAAGGUCUUGAAUCUGGAAGGACUUUCUGUGUAUUGGAACCCCCACUCCAUAUUCUUCUCAGGUAAACCAGCUGAAGAAAUGAAGAAUUUAUUUAAACAAGGAAUUUGUACAAAGGUCGAGCAACCCAAAGGUUAUAAAUACAUGCUUGGCCCAAUAAAUUCAACAGCACAGCUGCGAUUAAAUCCAAAACCUGAAUACGAUGGCUCAGAUUACAAAAUACCGAAAGUCAGGCUCAGUUUGGAGAUGGAAAAAUUAUCAGUAGCAAUAAGCAGAUUUCAGUAUCAUGACCUGAUUGAUCUGUUGGAGUCAUUCGAAAGAAUGUCUCGGGGAGCCCCAUAUAGAAAGUAUCGACCAUUUGUGAACAGUUACAGAGGUCACUACAAAGCAUGGUGGCACUUUGCAUACACUUGUGUCCUGGAAGAAACAGUACGUCGCCGCCAUCGUAACUGGGAUUGGGAUCACAUGGCUAAAUUCCGUCAGAUGUGUCGUACGUAUGCUGAGGCAUACAAGACCAAGUUAACUUCUCGUAAAGUGGCAAAUGACCUGCAGGUGACCCUUGAUAAUUGUGAGAAGUUCAUCGAUGUGCGUAACAUUGUUCUUAUCAGGCAGAAGAUUGAAAUGGAGUUGGAGCGAAUGGACCGGAGGGAGCAGGAGAUGAAGAAACAGAAAUCUGGUGGUUGGUUCAGUGGUUGGUUUGGGGGAAGUUCACAGACGAAAGAGGAGGAGACUCUUACAGCUGCAGCAAUAGCAAAGAAGUUCGAAGAUGCCAUGACUCCUGAAGAGAAAGCAAAACUGUACCGUGCGAUUGACUAUCAAGAGAAUUCAAAGCCAGCUCAGUACCCUAAAACGUUCGUUGAAAUUAGCUUGAGCUUUGUGCUAAAAUGUCUAGCAGUGGAAGUGCGAGAUGAUUCCCUGGAUAUUCCACAGGUCUUAUACACUGAACUGAAAGGUGUUUCCAGUCGUAUCGAGCAGCGACCUUCUGCUGAUGCUAUAAGAGUGAUGAUGCAGAUAGAGGGAUUCACAGUAUUUGGGUUGAAGCAGGACAACAAUGUACCACAGCUGGUCACAUCCAAGGAGCAGGACAGUAAGGCUCUAUUGGAUGUUCUGUUUGAAACACAUCCUCUGGAUGACACAUGUGACCAAAGGAUCCGUGUUACUUCAAAAUCUCUGAAAGUAGUUUAUGAUGCUCAGACAAUCAACAGAGUGGUAGAUGUGUUCAAGGCACCAAAGGAAGUUAACUUGGCUCAGCUGCAAGCCACUGCUGAGUCAAAGCUGGCUGACUUUAAGGAGAUGUCUGCAACAGGACUGCAAUACGCCAUCCAGCAACAGAGCAUCAUGGACCUGAAUGUAGAUCUGCAAGCCCCCUACAUUAUUGUUCCCCAUGGUGGCUUCUAUUCUGGGUUCUAGUGGCUGUUGGGGAAGAGAAAUGGGAAGAUGCUUUAACUAGCAACACAGUGACCCCUAUGCAUCUGCUGCAUCCAACUAAUUUGAUCAUUCAGUUAGACAAAUGUCUCAUCACAGACGAUCCUCGACUACCGAAACUCAAGGUCACAGGCAGUCUUCCCAAUGUGGCAGUAAAUAUUACAGAUGACCGAUUGCUGUCUCUGAUCUCUCUGUUUGCCAGCAUUCCCUUCCCAUCAGAUGAUGAACCACAGCCUCUUUUGGAAUCUGUCUCCCAAAGCUCCAGUAUUUCUAUAGUGAACAAAUUCCUGGACCUGCCUGGUGAUUUGAACAAAAGAAUGCGCACUUCAACAAACCUGCAACCAACUACUGGGGACAUUGAUUUGGUGCAGUUUACUGAAAUGGAAGUAAAUUUCCAGAUGGGUGACUUGAAGGUAAGCAUCUAUCAGGCCAGUGAAGCAGAGAAACUGCUGGACUUUCAUCUCCUUCGUCUUGAAGUUGAGAUGGUGCAGAAGACUUACAACAUGACAGUUAUUUUGCGUAUUGGAGGAAUCUCGCUUGUUCACUUUGAUCCAGUUGCUUCUGUCUGCUUGUUGGACACCCCAAUGACUGCUGGCGACUCAAAAUAUCUGUUUACAGUUGUCUAUGUAGAUGUAAACAAACGGUCACCGGAGUUCCACACGAAACAUGGCUCAGUCUUGAAGUUGGUGGAUGUGAACUUCACAACACUGACUGUCUUGCUGCACCAGGAGUCCCUCUUAGCUCUGCUCGAAAUAUUCAACUCCUUCCAGAGCCGGCUGGAGCAAGCACAGAAGAAACCUUUACAGGAUCGUGUCAUCAGUCAGCCGUCUCCUACAGCAGCGCCUGUCAAGGUUCCUCUCAGCAUCAUUCCUGAGGAUGAGGGUGUAGCAUUUGAACAGAGCAAAGCAAUACAAAGGAGGAAGAAGAGGAUAUCUGUACAGGAGAUUGAUUUGAAGGUGACUGCACACCUCGAGUAUUUCAGGGUGGAAAUUGGGAAUAGAAAGUCUAAGAUUGCAGCCCUACUUGUGAAAGGCGCUGUUGCUGGUGUUGUGGUGAAGAAGACAAACACAGUCAUCACUGCAAAACUUAAGGACAUAGUGAUCAGUGACCCCAACCCUGUCACAGUUCACCCAAACAUCUUGUCGAUCAUGGGACAGGAAGCUCUGUCUGCACAAGUUGUGCUGUACAAUGAGGAUGGACAAAAUGAAACACUCGCUGAAAAGGUGGACAUGUCUGUACAAGCUAACAUGGCCUGUUUGCGUGUUGUUUUUCUCAACUGGUUUGUUAGCAGCUUACUGAAAUUCCUGAACUCCUUCCAGCAAGCACAGCAGGCAAUUAUGGAUGCAGCAGCUGGUGCAGCUGAAGCAGCAAAACAUAACAUGCAGGAAGCAUAUCAAAAGGCAGUCAAGUUGUCUUUAAACAUUAAACUGCAGGCCCCAAUCAUAAUCAUUCCAGUGAACUCUAGGAGUCUUGAUGUGCUGAUUAUGGACUUUGGAAAUCUCACCAUUUACAACAAGUUCAGGACUUUGAACAUUUGCAAUUCUGCAGGCUAUCCUGCUGUCAUAGAUGAAUUAAACUUGGAUCUACAGAAUUUGAAGUUAUCCAGGGCAAAGCUGGAUAAUGAAGCCAAAGAGGUAAUUAAUGAAAGCCUUAUCCUACAACCAAUAACAUUCGGCCUGGUAAUGCUACGCAACCUGUCAGCUGGCUGGUACAAAGAAAUCCCUGAUAUAGACCUGUCUGGUAGAUUGGAGAGUAUUAAUGUAACACUAAGUCAGGAAGAUUUCUCUAAGGUGAUGCAUGUGUUAAAAGAUAACUUUGCUGAAAGUGUUGUGGUAGAACCCUCAACUCCAGAUACAGCAGAAUCUGAAAAGAAGUUGACUGAAUCUAAAAAGUCAUUGGAGAGACCUAACACCCUUGAAGGUUUCAAGUCAGUAACUUUGGAAUCAGAAGUUGAGGACAAAGAUAAAGAAACAGCAGCUGCAGUUCCUGUAUAUACUUCAAUCAAAUUUACCUUUACAAUGGAUAGUCUUAUUGUGGAUCUUUUCGCUGGAGGUUCAAAGGAGCUUCAUGGUGUGUCUUCAACAGCACACUUACCAGAGAAUGGACUGGCCUGCUUUAGCUUGCAUAUCCUCUCGCUGAAGGGAAAAAUUCUGUCUGAUGGCUCUAUAAUUACCUCCAUCCUACUUGUUGAUUGUCUCUUGGAUGAUACCCGUGUCAAGAGUGACUCAAAGAUUAAGCGUCUGAUGGAAAGAAAGCCAGAGAACCCUGGUGCUUCAGGAAGUGCAGUUGAAGCUCCUUUCAGAAGUAUGAUUGAUCUGACUUAUCAGCAGAAAGGUUCUGAAAUGUUUGUUGACCUCCGCAUAUUUGGCUUUACACUGAUUCUGUGCCUGAGUUACUUAAUGAAAGUAGCAGACUUCUUCACCAGUGGCAUGGCACCUUCAGCAACAACCACUGAGGAUGCUUCUGCAGAAAUUAUUACCUCACAAUUUAAUAAUCUACCUGCAAAAUCAUCUAAAGCAAGCACGGUGACAGCUGCGAAGUCAAGGUCAUCAACUACCAGUGCUACUGCUUCCCCGCCAUCUUCAGCCUCCAUGAUGACAGUGAAUGUCCGUGUUGAAAAACCUGAUAUCAUACUUGUGGAAGACAUGGAAGAUCUGGACACCAGUGCAAUCAUACUUAAUAAUGAAAUCGUUUUCAAGCUUCGCAUAGCUGACAGUCAUCAAGUGAUGAAUGGCUCUAUCAAGGAUUUACAACUGUAUUCAUGCUGUUUCAACCCCAAAAGGAGAAAAGAAACUAUGGCUCAGAUUCUGCAUCCAUGCAGCAUUAGUCUUGCAGGCUCUACUCCAGAGGGUCAAGGCCUGCAUCUGGAUGUGUGCAUGACUGAUAUCAGACUAAGAGUUUCACCAGCUACCAUUGGGCUUCUGAGCAGUGUGCAAAGUCAGCUGGCUGUUGUAUCUGCCGAGGCUGAGGAACAGGCAACAGAAGUGGAUUACUCUAAUAUUUGGACUCCAAAGAAUUUUCAUGAUGCUGAGUACUGGUUCCUAAAAACAGAAGUGGGAGAAGAUGCUGUAUUGGGUUCAGGUGUGGCAGUAGAGCCAGCCCCACCAACUGGUGAGAUAUGUAUCCUAUCAGCACCAUCUGUCAUAAUCACCAUGGAGGCAGGUGUGGGGAGUCAAACAUUACCCAUGAUACUGGUGGAUAUCGGUUUUCAGGGUUCUGUUACAAACUGGAGCACACAGAUGAGUGUUUCCAGUGGUUUGACAGUACAGGUGGCCUACUAUAAUAGUGAACAGGCUCUGUGGGAGCCCCUCAUUGAACCUGUAGAGCAGGUGAAGGAUGGCAAGAUUAUGCAUUGCCCAUGGGAGCUCCGAGCUGAUAUUCAGAUGAAUUCCCAGGAACCGAUCUCCAGCCCACUUUCACAGACAGCCUCAGACUUGGAGGACAUACCAUUUGUUCCUCCAGCCAUGAGUAUUGAAGUGAUUUCAAAGGAAAACCUGGAGCUGACAAUGACCAAGAGUUGCCUGGAUGUGCUGACCAACCUGGGGAAAGCUUUUCAGAGUGCAGUAAAAGAAGGACCCAAGCGACCCAAAUCAGUGUCGCCUUACAUAGUUCAGAAUGAUACAGGACUUCUCGUUACACUUUUGUUGAACAAAGGCCCAUUUCAGGUACAGGAUGCGAAGGAGGGAGAGGGGGUGAAUCAAGUGGUGCUACAGAGUGGAGCCAGAGUGGGACUGUGCCUUGAGAAGCCAGAAGAUCUGACAGUUAAUAUCCUGACAUCUGGCACCACAUCUGAGAAAAACAAGGUCACCGAGAAGUUUCUUACUGUACGGGUGAGUGAAAUGAAGGACUGUGAAUUGGAGCUUCCAGUCGUUCGAGCAGAUAAGCGUUACUUUUCACUGAAUCACAGAGGAGAGAGCAAGGACGCAUGGGGCCUUGUGUCUGAUGUUACAGUUCAAGAUGGUGGAACCAUCAUUACACUUAGGAGCAUUAUUCAGGUUCUGAAUCACUUCAAUGAACCUAUUGAUGUGUAUUAUAUGACAAGACGUGGAAAUGAGGUGGAGUGUGUUGGCACAGUGGAGUCAGGAGAGCACAUAAACCUUCCUCUCUCUGCUGUCUACACACCUACAAAUGAACUCUUCUUCAGUGUGAAAGGGUACACAGUUUCAGUAAUUCCAUUUAUUUGGAAGGACUUACAGAACCAGCUCACAUCUACUAAGCUCUUACAGUGUGAUCCAAAGAGCAAGAAUGACAUGGAACCAUUCUUCAUGAAGAUUGUUGGAGAGAUGGAGCAGGUGUAUUAUGAGAAGACAAGUCGACACACUAUGUCAAGCACGUGUUACAACAUCCAUUUGCGGCCUGCAGUUAUCCUAAAGAACUUUCUUCCUGUAGAUCUUAUAUGCUGCAUACAGGGUGUCCCCACAGAAAAGAAGAUAAAGGCUGGAGAAAGUAUACAGAUGCCAACUGCAGAACCAGGCAAUACAGUUAUUGCUCUUCGAAUUGUGGACUACCUGGAAAAGGAAUGGUCUUGCAAACACGAAAUCCAGUUAAAUGCACCUGAUUUUGCUGUAUGGACAUUUGAUUCUUAUGACAGUGCUCAGAAGGUCUCUCUAGACCUUGGAAUGAAUACGUUAAGCAAAACGGGUUCCAUCAUCAUGUCGCUCUACUGUCCCUUCUGGAUGCUGAACAAAACUGGUGUUAUGCUGGCCUAUCGGAAAUCCCGUAAGAUUGAGCGAUCUGAGACUUCUGGAAGUCCAAUUAAGCGUUGGGCAUCAAAUCUUAGUCUGUCUAAUGGCAGGUCAUCAUCUGCAUUGAAUUUGAACAGAGAGGUUAUGGUACCAACAAGGACAGCAAUGGCAGGAUCAGCUGUGGUGCAAUCUGAUGAGACUGCCAAUGUAAUUUACCACCCAGAGGACUUCAAGGGUCCUGUCCUCUUCUCCUUCAGAGCUAAGUCUUUCUUUGGGAAGAAGAAAGCAUCUAUCAGAGUUGAAGAUGGAGAAUGGUCAGACAAGUUCUCUCUGGAUGUUGCUGGCAGUUCAGGUGUGGUCAACUGUACCACAGGAGGAACCACUUACCAGGUUGGCGUACACAUUCAGCUGACACAUUCAACACUGACAAAGCAGGUUAUCUUCAUGCCAUACUAUGUGUUGGUGAAUAAUGCCAGUUACGUCGUAGAAUGUCAAGAAGCAGAUCGACCUGCUGAUCCUUGGAUUAAGGUGAAACCAGGAGAAUGCAGUCCUCUGUGGCCACGUAGCAAAGAUCAGAAAAAGGAGAUGCGUGUGAAGAUACAAGGCACCUCUGAGAUGUCUGCUCCCUUUGCCUAUUCUACAGUCCACACAACAAUGCUAAAACUUUACAACAAGUAUGGAGGCGUAAAUGUUGAUGUGCAGAUGACAGAAGGAGCUGUGUAUGUAACAUUCUCACCAUACAGCCCUGGGAUGGCUCCAGCACUUAUGCUCAACCAUACCAGUGAUGCUCUUAGUUUGUGGGAAAAGGAUUCAAAUACCAUCAUAACAUUAAAGCCCCAUGAGCUACUCCUGUAUGCUUGGGAGAAUCCCACUGGGUCUCACUGCAUUGUGUGGAAUGCUGGGAAGAAGAAGGAGAUCACAGAUGAACUACGGAAGGAUGGUAUAGGAGAGUUCGAACCAAAUGAAGAUCGCCAGGUGUGGUGGGUUUCUUUUUUGGAUGGAAUGCAGAGAGUAUUACUCUUUACUCCAGACAUGAACAUAGCUCGUGAUGCUCAGUCUGCUGGUGAGCUUGAGCCUCUUGACAAGGAAAUUACAGUCUCAAUACAUGGUCUUGGUCUCUCACUUGUCAAUAAUCUGACCCGUGUUGAGGUUAUGUACUUAGGCAUUGCCAGUUCAGGUGUGAUCUGGGAGACUUGCAAGUCUAAUAAGCAGCGCUUCAAAGCACUGAGCGUGAAGGACUGUCUUGCUGUUGAGGAGGCCUUUGAACGUUACACCAUGGAACUUGCUAUUGGAAAAGCUGUUAAUCCAAGAGUAGUUGUGGAUUCUAAGACUGAGGUGGAUUUUGAGACUGGGGAGGUGUUACGACCGUUCAAGCGUCGCCUUCGCCGCACAUUCCAGACUGGAUUGUGGCUUCAGAUGAAGACGUCUCCACACCAGUUGCAGCUUCAUGCCAAAGUGAACCGACUGCAAAUUGAUAAUCAGAUGUAUGACUGUGUGUUCCCAGUUGUGCUUGCACCAGUGCCUCCGCCCAAGAGCGUUGCUGCAGACAGUGCACUGAAGCCAUUUGCAGAACUUAGUAUUGUGCAGCGUAUAAUGCCACACAGUAAGGUGCAGCAGUACAAAUAUUUUAAGGUACUGAUCCAGGAAUUCCAUGUGAAGGUGGAUAUGGGCUUCAUCAAUGCUCUGCUUGAAAUGUUUGAGGCUGAGGAGGUAUCUGAAACAGAAGAGAUGCGACUUUUUGAGGAAGACCAACAGUUGGUGGGCAAACCAUUGUUGGCUCAUGUGACCCUUGUAUCCACCCAGGAGCAGAAGAAUUUCUAUGAUCUCCUUCACUUUUCUCCACUGAAGAUCCAUCUAAGCUUUUCUUUGAGUGGAGGGUCAGGACCAAAAGCCCCAGGACAGGAAACACCUCACUUCAUGAAUGUACUGCUGCAGAGUCUUGGAGUUACACUCACCGAUGUGCAGGAUGUUGUGUUCAAGUUGGCAUACUUUGAACGACAGUAUACGUUCCUGACUCAACACCAGCUCAUCUCAGAAGUGUCAAUGCAUUAUGCUGGGCAGUCUGUAAAGCAGCUCUAUGUACUGGUACUGGGCCUGGAUGUUAUAGGCAACCCAUACGGACUGGUGCUGGGAUUCACGCAGGGUGUAGAGGAUCUCUUCUAUGAACCUUUUCAGGGAGCCAUCCAAGGACCAGGUGAAUUUGCAGAGGGUUUGGUGUUGGGUGUACGAAGUUUGUUCGGACACACAGUGGGCGGUGCUGCUGGUGCUGUUUCUCGCAUAACUGGGGCAAUGGGUAAAGGCAUUGCUGCACUGACAUUUGACAAGGAUUAUCAGCGGAAGAGACGUGAAGCAAUGAACCAGCGUCCAUCUAAUGUUCAGAUGGGACUUGCACAAAGUGGCAAGGGCCUUGUUAUGGGUGUUGUGGAUGGUGUAUCAGGUGUGAUCCUAAAGCCAAUAUCUGGAGCAAAGCAAGAGGGUGUAGAAGGAUUCUUCAAGGGUGUAGGCAAGGGUGUUAUGGGACUUGUAACUCGACCUACUGCUGGCGUCGUUGAUUUUGCAAGUGGCUCAUUUGAUGCAGUGAAGAGAGCAACUGAAAUGGGUGAUGAGAUCACAAGGCUUCGUCCGCCACGCUUCUUUCAGCAAGAUGGUCUGGUGCGCCCAUAUGUACGCAUAGAGGCAGAAGGCAACAAACUGCUCCAGGAAUUGGAAAAAGGCCGUUAUGCCACUACUGAUAUAUAUGUUCAUCAUAUGGCUAUUUCUCCAGGCAGUAGGGAUACCCUCAUGUUGACAGACAAGCGUGUUAUGUACAUUGUGCACAAUGACAUCUUUGGUGGAUGGCAGGUGGACUGGGACUACACCUGGGAAUCUCUGAGUGCACCACCUCGAAUUGUGGACAAAGGCAUCUUCUUGUCUACUGGAGAACAUAAGAAGAAAGUGCUGGGUCUCUUUGGCCAUGGGGAGUCUGGCAAGGUGAUUCUGAUUCAAGGAAAAGAUCAGAAAGAGUGGUUGGUGAAUAAAAUGCUGGAGCUAAGGAAGAUGUAACAUAUUGUAAGAAUGUGUUUCAGACUGUGAACACAGUUUCUCAGUGCUUCAUAAAGUUGUGUUCUAAGUGAAACAUACACAGCUGGUAAGGAAGCCUUUGUCUUAGAAUAUUAUCUAUGGACUCUUCCAGGCGAUGUUAUAACACUUAAAUGGCAUGACACUCAAAGCAGCUUAUAGCAACAAUUGUUUCAAUAUUUUUGCCUCAACAAGGUGCUCUUACUUGUGUUGAAAUUCUUCAUUGAAAUAUGAACACCAAGAUACUGGGAAAUGGCAUGUUUAGUUUGAUGAUGAAUUUUGGCCAUUGUUCUCAUAGCAUUUCCAUGCGGUCUGCUCUAGGUAUUCAUGCCAAUAAGGAAUGUGCUUAUUAUGUUGUUCUGUAUUAAUGACAUGGAAAUAUGAUUGCUUGGUCAUUAUGAGCCAAGAUGUGCAUAUUGGUGAUCAGGAAUCAGUGUUGAUUUCUUCACUGGCCAUACCCAUUUUGUCUAUAAUGUGACAUUCAUAUAGUAACUUUGUUUUUGGUUUUGUAAAAGAGAAUAUAUUUUACAUAUUCUUGAAAAAAUGUUGAUUGUUCUGGUUGGUUAAUGUUUAUGAGACAUAAUGAAUAUCAUUGAGAGAUGUUGUGUAUGAGUUAAUGUUCCUUGAAACAAUAUUUCACUGACAUGGACAGUUUUGAAUUAUGUAACUCCAAUAGAAUUUGGUUCUGUUUAAUUGAAUUCCAUGUCUGUGUGAUACCCAAUGAACAUCAUCAUUUACUAAACAACUGUUGAGGAAAAUAUCCAUGAUGACCUCAGUACCUGAUGUUGAAUUUGAAGUUCCAAUAGUAGUGACUGUGAAAUGCACUGUCUUCUGGGUUGGUAACACCAUGUGGUCUGCUAGAAGUUUAUGGAUGUUUUAGAGAAAUGUGCUCACUCCAUUUUCAGUUCAAAGCUAUAGCCUAGCAAACAUGGAGCAGGAAUCUGUGUGCUGCUUAUUGGUUCCUUGUGUGGUGUACUCUUUUACGCUGAAGAUGAAGGCAGUAUUUGCCUCCAAAGCAUCAGUGAACUUCCACCAGACUACAUAGCACCUCAUUCCAAAAGAUAGUACACUACAGUAGUUGAUAAUAGCCUCAAAAUGUAAAUGUAGGUAUAAUGCCUUAUCAUAUUCUCAGUUGUGGGCUUUCUUAUUGCUGUAUGAAUUUAUUUUGAUACUGAUGUUAUUUGAUUAACCUGCAUAUGUUAAUUAUGUUAAUAUGUUACAACUACUUGUAGAGAUACUUGAAUUAUUGGGUUUUAGAAACCUACUUUUAGUGUCAUUGCUAUAUAAUCUGACUCUUGGAUUUGUGAUAAAUUAUUAAGCUUUAUAAAAACAUCCUUGCUUUACAUAUGAUGCAGGUAUAAUUUGUAAGUAAUGUCUUUUAUGCCUAUUUACUUCCCAGAGUGCUGAAUCAGAGCACAGCAGAAUUAUUGAGUGAACAGUAUAUAUAAACACUCUCUAAGAACUUCAAAUAUGGCAGAAAAGAAACUUCUUCCAAGUGUAACUGUGUACUUAAAAUAAAAUGCCAACAGAUUUCACUUGCUGUUAGAUAUACCAAUUUUUAUAAAGAUUGAACAUUGUCAACACUUGACACUUGUAGGAUAAUAUCUUCAACUUCCAGAAAAUCAUUACUCUGAGAUUCAGCACAGAAUUUUAUGCAUUAAUACCACAAAAAUACAAACACUGUUGUUCCAAGUUCAGCAAGUAAAUGAGUUUAGAGAUGUACGUGGGAUGUUAUGGAUAUAUAUUGUGAUUCUUAGACUUCUGAUAAAGUGUGCUUUCAAAUGUGACAUUAAAUAUAAUGGAGGUAUAAUUAAUAAGUAGUGUUUAUUAGUCCAUUACCAUUAUUGAGUAUGCAGCUGUUGUAUCUUAUAAUUCAGGCAGUACUAAGAACCAUUCCUUUGUGAUUGAGUUAUGAUUACAGUAGUUAAAACAAAAUCUUUGUUGCAAGUCCAGCUUGCAUAAGGAGUUACAUUAAAUUAUAUUUGCUUGUUUCAUUCAUAUUGAAAUCACAUUUACUUUGUGUAGAAGUUGAAAACAAAAUCUGUUUGUGAAAUUCAGAAUGAGACCUCAUAUAGCCAGGUAUGUGUAUAAUGGUUGCAGCUUGUGUAAUUGUGAAAUUAGUUUUUAUAGGAAUAUGUUAUAUAAUUUAAGUUAAAAGGAACUUGUUAUGGAACUUGUCGAUGGUGUUGUGAUAGAGUAUCCUGCAUAUAGCUUCAGCCACUCAGUACCAAGUAUGCUGCAACACAUGUGUUACUCUAAUUUGUUUGUUUCCAUUCCUUUUUGUGUGAAUAUUCUUCUCAUGAUGUAAAUUGUCAGUAGCAAAAUUAGCCAUGGUUUUAAUCUUGCUUAAAUAUUUCUAUAUUAUCAUAUGGAUGGGAUUCUUUAUUAAUAUUUUCAGUUUGCUGUUUACUAUAGAUAGUUCAC